UUCUCAAGAAGGAAGCGUUGCCAGCGUCCUCGAGAUGCUCCGGCUGCGCAUGCACACUCAGCCCAGUGGCCUGAGCAGACUUGGUAGUCAGCUUCCGGUCGCCAAGACGGGGACCAGAGCACACGCCAUGUCUUGCUUCAGCAGCCCUAAAUACAAGACCGGGGACCUGGUGUUUGCCAAGUUAAAGGGCUAUGCCCACUGGCCAGCGAGGAUCGAACAUGUCGCUGAACCCAACCGCUACCAGGUGUUCUUCUUCGGGACCCAUGAGACCGCCCUGCUGGGCCCCAAGCACCUGUUCCCUUAUGAGGAGUCCAAGGAGAGGUUCGGCAAGCCCAACAAGAGGCGCGGCUUCAGCGAGGGGCUUUGGGAGAUCGAGCACGACCCUAUGGUUGAGGCCUCCUCUUGCCUGUGCCCAGAAGAGGAUCAGCUCUGCGCCGAGGAGCUAGGGCCGGCAGAGGAGCCGGAGCCAAGGCAGGAGCUGGAGCCGGAAUUCAGGCCUGAGCUGGAAUCCAGGCCUGAGCUGGAGGCAGAGCCGAGGCCUGAGACCGAGUGUGAGCAGGAGCCCGAGCCCCAGCCUGCCUAUGACCUGCUGGACGCCAUCGAGGAGCCGGGUCUUGCCGAGCCUGAGCCAGAUCAGCAAGCCGAGCAGGUGCAAGAGCAGCAUCCUGAAGCUGAAACCGAAGCCGAAGCCGAAGCCGAAGCCGAGGCCGAAGCCGAAGCCGAAGCUGAAGCUGAGGCUGAGGCCCAAGCGGAGGAGCCCGGGAGCCUGAAGAGGAGCGCGGAGGACGAACUGCCUCAUAGUCCUCCCAAACGGCCCAGGGAGGCGGCGCCUGGCGCGCUGGAGAUGGAGCCGGCUGGAGAGCGCGAGGCUGAGGCCUUCCCCUUCGUGGAGGAGCCCGACCAAGCCCAGGAGCAGCAGCCUCCGCUGGAGGAAGAGGCCACAAAAGAGGCGGUCCAGAGCCUGAUCAUUGCAGAAACCGGAGGACUGUAGUCACGGUGUCUGUAGAAGAGCCCUCUCUCUAUCUACCUGUUCCAGGAGCCACCUGGCUGUGGCUUGGGAAACCCACUAGGGCCCAGUCUUCAUCCCAGUCCACCUCUCCUUCAUUCACUCACCUUCGACGGCCUAAAUUCUUGGCAUGAAGGGACAGGCCAGUUGACAUCAAGUUCGUGGCUUAAGUCAUGGCCACCCUUCCCACCCUAAACUCUUAGGGACAUUCUGGACCUCCGCCUAGGAACCAGGAGUGAAGGGGGUGGAAGAUAAAGAGCAAGGGCAACAUUCAAUGGUCUGGAAAGGCAGUCUAUAACUAUGGUGAUGCUAGUCUACCCCACAUCUACCCUGAGUGCCUGUCUCCUCCUCCCAUAAUUCCCUUCGCAGUUUUAUAGGUUUGAGGAAAGUGAGACAGCAGUGUCCAGUAAAUAUUUUUGUUAUCCCAGCCACUUUCCUUUUCUUUCUUUCUUUUUUUUUUUUUCUAAAACCAUUGGGGCUCCCAAGUCAUAAGAUCCGAAGACUUUGCCUGCCCUUUUGGGUUGAAGAGGUGAGACAGUAUCUUUUCCACAUCUCUUGGGCCACUGAGGAGACUUUUGAUGCUCCUUUGAAUCCACCGUGGAGCCCCAAGCCUUUAGUCAUACAUAUAUCACUUAGACGUAAGAAUACUUUAGAAACCAUCUUUAUUUUAAGAGGAAUUUUAUUACAUUUAGAACAGUCUUUGGUUGUAACUUGUAAUUUUCCUGUGGCCAGUGGCAUAUCCCUUUUUGUUUGGGGUUUGAUGACCUGCCUGUUGUUAAGGCUUUGCUUUCCUUAAGGUGCUAUUUCUAUCUGCACAUCAGAACCUGGGCCCCUCAAUAUUGUCACCUACUACAAAAUGUACUGAGAAGUUGAGUGUCCCUUCCCAGCCUCUUCUGUCUCUGUGUACCUUUGUACCUGUACCCUCUUGGCCCUGCUCUUUCCCCUUGGGCUCUGAUGAAAAGAAAAAAAUUAUAGCUAUAUCUUUGGAGGUUUAGAUCUGAAAACCGUAGACUAUUUCAGUUCUAGCAAAUAAAACCGUUGAUUACUUUAAAA